AUGAGCGAUAAGAAGCCAGACACGGUCCCGCGCAUUGCGCACCCAAACACACGGAAGGCAGACGAGGCUCGGAAAAGGCAGAUCAAACAGAAGAUGGGCCUCGUCGAGCCAAAGAACCUACCAACGCGUGCCAUCCACCCGGUCAACGUCAAGAAGCACUCCCUCAAGCGAACCGUCGACGUCGAAGGCGGUCCCCUUGACAAAGUACUCCCAGGCAUCGUCCUCGUCCUGGGCACAAGCAUGAGCGGUAAGACCACGUGGAUCAUCAACGCAGUUCUCCAGAAGGCAAUCUUCGGCAAGCUCUUCGACAUCCUUCACAUCGUCUCCCCCACAAUCGCUGUAGACGACGCCUACCAGUACCUGAUUGACAUGCCCGAGUCCAAGCUGCACCAAAACUUCACCGACGACACGAUGAAGCAAAUCACGGGCGCAACCACCGAGGCCAAGCAAAAUGGUAAAGAACUGCACCAGGGCCUAAUCAUCGACGAUGGCGUGAGUUCAGAUGUCAGCAAGCGGGGAAACCCAAUGCAGUCAUUCGCCAGCGUCGCCCGCCACUACACGGACAUGACCCUCAUCUCAACACAGGACCUUCGCGCAACCGCUCUCCCAAAGUUCCGCAACCAGGUACGCCUCUACGUCAUCAUGCGUAAGAGUGCAGAGACCGACAGGCGAAACCUCUUCCGCGAGCUCGGUGCUUACUUUGGAGGCGAGAAGAACUUGGAGCGUCUGUUCAAGGAGGCAACCGACGGAGAUGACCCCUAUGCAUUCAUGCUCCUCAAUGUUCCCAACCAAACUGCUUGGAAGGGAUUCGACGAGAUCCUGGCAAUCAGCACGCAGCACCACAGUGUGAGAAAUGGCAUCGCAUCACCCACACACAAGGUCAUCUACGAUGUGAUCAGUGGCACCAGCUUUCACAACACAAAGUCCGUAAAGAGAAAAGGCAAAAAACGUAAGCUCGUCCGACGCCCCUUCACAUCACAAGCAUCCGGAGGGCAUGUUGGAAGCAUUGCCAUUGGGGCCGCUGCAGCAACUUCUGCAACAACCAACCCUUACCUUUAUGCGAGCAGGAACAGCUGGGGGCCAACCUCUUCCCGCAACACGCAGCAACGGACAAAGGCGACAUAUGGUCCUGUGAGGUAUGACAAAACCCUGGGCUCCGAUGUUCGGCGUGGUCCCUAUGGCGCAGAAGCAUACAGCAAAGAACUCGGGCGUUGGAUGCCGCUCAGCUCACGCGGGCGCCCUGUAAGACGGGAAUACGCCAGGCCAGACGACGAGCUCAAAAUGGACGUCCGGGAUGAAUCCGGCGUGGGUCAUCAGAGUAUGAGCGCACAGUUGAUCAAAGACAGGAUGAGAAAUGCUUAUGUCCAGGACGCGUACGGACAGAGCUCACAGUCCCUCGAUGAACUCCUGAACACCGGGUACAUCGGGCAGCAGACGUCCGCACCAUCUCCCACUCAGACACUCUCGGAUGCGCGCGAACUUACAUCUUCCACCGUCAAGCAGGUCGGCGAGCUCAAGAACAUGACUGAUGUCCACCGAGAGAACCUGAUGAAGGCACUCAAGGCAGGCGGGAUCAAUGACCAAACGACCACACAGCUAGCACUGGAUGCGCUUAAUCGGCAUGGCACAGAUUACCGCAGCGUGGACUACGACAGCCUCAUAAACCAAGCACGCCAGGAUGCACCGGCCCGCAAGAUCGAUCAGGCACGACAAAAGGGAGAAACCCAGUACUGGCUCAAGUCCACCCGAUCCAUGCUUUCUCACCUUCCAGAGUCCAACGACAAGUAUGCCAUGCAGGCUACGCUUGACGCCAUUGCAUCUGAGAGGGACGCGCAGCAGCAGGACAGUAUGAUGAGCUCAUUCGACGAGGAUCACCGAAAGCUCCUGCAAGACAGCAAGCGAACAUACGACGCUCAGCAAGCACUCACGGAGAUUGAGAAGCAGCGCCCUGCACCAAAGCCCAAAAUGCGCACCAGCACCACACAAACCAACACACCGAAGGUCACAUCAACCGAAAUGCAGACAGACGAGGCAGCAAAGCCGAAGCUUACCAGUCAAGGCAUCCAGACCAACGCGGUGACAACAUCAACACAACAUAUGCAAACAGACAACCCCGCAACCACCACACAGGGCAUGCAGACACAGACCACAUCAACAUCAACUCAGUCAGCACAAACACAGCAGCCACCAAAGCCACAAACCGCAUCGACCUACGUAGGUACAGAUGACCUCGACGCCCAAUCCAUCGCCAAGGAGGUCACCCCUCCAAUUGUCUCCCUGCAGCAGCAUGCAACCCAAUCAACACUCAGUGAAGACGCUAGAGCACAGGCGAUUGAAGAACGCCAGGCAAAGUAUGGCAAGGCCCCUCCAAGCGCGCGUGUCAAGGAGAGUCGCACCAAGAAGAAGCAGCAGCAAGCUGAGCUCCGGAGUCAGCGCCGUCAUGAAAAGCUUGAUGCCAGCAGGAAUAUCAACGAGGCAUUCGCUGAGCCGGAAGCACCACCGCCCCAGCAACCUGUGCGCCAUGAGCGACGCCGAGCCAAAGAAAUAGGUGUCGAACAUGAUGAGGAUGAUGGUCGUUCUACAAAAGCACACAAGCCGUCCCACGAUACCACCGCAGCGCAAGUGAGCAUUCCAGACACCGCUGCACCAUAUGCCGAUUUCGGGGAUGAACCCGAUGUCAUGUCAUAA